GAGGUGUUGAUUUUUAGAGAACACACGCAUGCUUUCAAUUUCAUAGGACUUACACGGAGCCUUGAUGGCAGGAAACAGGCAGUAAAGAAACAGCAGAGCAAAGCCGAAAUGAUACCAUGCAAGGCAUUUUUCAUUCUGGGGCUACUUGCGCUACCAGCUGGUUCCCCUGGUGAAGAAAAUGCUGAGAAAAAGAAAGGAAUUAUUGGACAAUCUGCAACUUUCCUGCUGAACACUUCAGAACAAUUUCAAAAGAUUUACUGGGUUAAGGAAAAGCAAGCUAUUCCAAUUUUUGUGGUAGCAAUUCCACAAAAGGAUCCAGAAGAGAGAUGUGAACUCCGUGACCAAAUUCUAGAAUAUAGAGGGCGGCUGAGUGUCUCUGAGGACUGCAAGAUGUUACAAAUCAAUAACCUAAGUCAAGAGGAUUCUGGCAUAUACCAUGCACAGAUCAGGAUAGCUGAAGACAAAAAUCCAAUACAUGAAAUAUUUUCCCUGAAGGUAUAUAAGCGUUUAUUGGAGGCUGACCUGAAGAUUGUCUGUGACCAAAAAGAUUAUCGUGGCGGGAAUGGAACUCUGCAGCUGAACUGCUCUGCAGGCCUCUGGGAAGAUGAUGUGAAGUUCAGCUGGGCCCCAGCCAGCCUGAGUGAAUCCACUGGGAGAUCUCUAGUCACCAGGCACAAUUUAGAAGGCAAUGAUUUGAACUUCACUUGCAUAGUAGAGAACCCUGUUGGCACAGCAUCCAAGACUGUGUCUUUCCAGAAAAUUUGCAGCACUGGUGUUGUAAACAACAAUGGACAGGACAAAGGAUAG